CUUCGCGGCGAUAACUGCGCCGUUCAGCACCGUUCCUCCAUAGAAUGUCGAGUGCGUCUAAAAUCACUUUCGGUGUAUGUUGCAUAUCGUCCAUCGGAAUAAUAGGCUAUGUGCAUUACAAGCAGGCUUAUGACAGGGAGCAGCUGCACCUCGGUGUGAUACGCGACAUCGAGCGACGUGAGCGCCGAAAGGCAGAAAAUGUCUACAUUCUGCAGCAGCAGGCCGAGCUAGCAAAGGAACUGCGCAGAGGAGAAUUACUACGAGAGAACGAUACGUAACAAUUGUUACGCCUGCCUAUUAGUCUUGUAACUUGAGAAUUUUCAUAAGGAGUAAAAGAAGAACAUAUAUGAAGUAUUCCGCUCGGUCGUUUCACUCCAUUUUGUAUGCGCGUCGAGAACCCGUUGGAGCGUCCUUCUCUUGAGUAGAUUUAUAGCUUUUACGUGAUCGUUAUGGCCACGGACGAAUCAGUGGAUCAACCAGAGUUGUCUUGCCUAGAGGAGAGUCUCAUGAGUCUAGAGAAAUUGGAUAGAGCAUCUCCCGAUCUAUGGCCUGAGCAGAUUCCAGGUGUACAUGAGUUUGUUGCUCAAAAUUCACCGCAGACAGAACCAUGUUUUUGGGCUGCGAUGUCGCAGGAUGACAUAAGCCAUGUGCAUCAACUGGGUAAUUUGUCAAUGACCGGGCUUAUCUCGGAAGUGAAAAGACUGCACGAUUUAGCUUAUCAGCUGGGUCUAGAAGAGGCUAAGGAAAUGACACGCGGCAAAUAUUUAAAUAUAUUUAAACAUAAAUAA